UACAUACAUACAUACAUACAUACAACACGCACCACACGAGCGGAGCGGGAUGACCGGGGUGUUUGACAGUCUGGCGGCGGACAUGCACUCCCACCAGAUGACCGCGGGCUAUCAGACUGUGCACAAGUCGCAGGACUCUCCCACUCUGCCCGUGUCCACCGCGACCGACAGCAUCUACUACAACGGCCAACAGCACGGCCCCUGCGCCGGGUCGCCCUACGGGCAGCUCAGCUCGUACCCGUUCCACGUCGGCAACGUGAACAGUCUGCCCUACGGUGCCAAGUCCUACGACCUCGGCUACACCAACUGCUACAGCUCGUACAGCUCCUACGGUUCGAGUACUUCGCCCGUGAAUACCGACGCAGAAAAAGAAGAGGUCGAACCAGAAAUCAGAAUAGUCAAUGGAAAACCAAAGAAAGUGAGAAAACCGAGAACGAUUUACUCAAGUUUUCAACUCGCAGCUUUGCAGAGGCGUUUUCAGAAGACCCAGUAUUUGGCUUUGCCAGAAAGAGCCGAAUUGGCUGCUUCUCUGGGCCUCACCCAAACUCAGGUAAAGAUUUGGUUCCAAAACCGGCGAUCAAAAUUCAAGAAAAUGUGGAAAAACGGAGAAAUGCCGACAGAUCAGCUCCCAAGUUCAAGUGAGUCUCCUCCUUGCAGCUCUCCUCCAUCCGCACUAACAUGGGACUAUCCUCCACGCCAGAGAAUCAACACCAAUUCAGCCCUCCCGCAGAGCAACAGCCCAGCCUCGGCUUUCCUGGGGAAUUACUCCUGGUAUCCUGGUUCCAACAGCGUUUCACAUUUCCAGACCACCCCAAUCAUACAACAUCAGCCUAUGGUGGGCGCAGGGGCAAUAUACUGACCCC